AUGUACCGUGUAAUAAGCUAUACGGACGGGCGCUCACACGCAGAGCCACCGGCCGUGAGAUCACAGGUGUGGAGGAAACAGGAGGUGCAGCAGGAGCAGCAACAGCAGGAGCAGCAGGAGGAGCAGCAGCAGGAGCAGCAGCAGGAGCAGCAGCAGGAGCAGCAGCAGCAGGAGGAGGAGGAGGAGCGGUAUGAGCUGCAGGAGGAGCAGCGGGAAGAGCAGGAGGAGCAGCAACAGCAGCAGGAGGAGGAACUGGAGGAGCGGGAGGAGAGGGAGGAGCAGGGGCAGCAGGCGAGCAAGAGAGCGUCAAUGCACAUGCAGAUGAUUCCUCGACGCGCCCAGGCCCACCAACCGCACCACCACCACCAGCAGCACCACCACCAGCAGCAGCAGCACCAGCAGCAGGAGCGGAGGCAGCAGCGGAAGGGGAUGAUCCGCCACUGGAGCAGGCUCGGGAACAAGUCCCGGAGAUCAUCACGGAAUUCCCGGAGGUCCCGGCGGCAGUAG